UAGCAAUUUAUUUUUUGAAAAUGGACAGAUGUUAAAUGAGAAAAACUUUGAUAUGGCAAUUGCUUGCUUUGAGAGGUCUGGAGAUGCAUAUAUGGCUAAAUGGGCAAAAGCUGUAAGCCUUCGAGAAGAUGGAAAAAGAAAUCUUAAGACACACAAAGAAAUUGCUAAACAUUCUCUGACAGAAGCAGCCAAAAAUUUUCUCUCUAUAGGGAAACCAGAUUAUGCUGCUGAUUGCUUCAUCAUAGCGGGAGAAUAUAUUAAAGCUGGCAGAAUAUAUUUGGAAAACUUCAAUGGAACAAGACUCGAAGACGCAGGAGAUUGCUUUGCGGAGGCAAAAAGCUGGAAUGAGGCAGCAAUUGCGUAUGCCAGAGCUAAAUGUGUGGAAAAAUGUUUAAAUGCCUGCACAAAGGCAAAAUUAUUUGAGAUGGGAUUGAAAUUAAUUCAGGAAUUGAAGAAAGAAAACUGUAAAUCGAACUGUGGAAGAUGUGAUACUUGUCAAAGAGUAAAAAUUGAAGUUGAGUUUCUUAGAAUAUCUGCAACUCAUUUUCAUCACAGAAAAGAUACCAAGUCUAUGAUGAAAUUUGUGAAAGCCUUUCCUACAUUGGACUUAGUUAGAUCUUUUCUAUGGAAUAAGGGUUACUUUGAUGAACUUCUGCGAAUUGAAGUGGCAAAUGGGGACUUCGUACGGGCUGCAGAGGUGGCAGAGAUGAAAGGGGAUUUGUUACUCCAGGCGGACAUGCUAGAGAAAGCAGAAAAAUAUGAAGAAGCGAUUAAAACAAUUCUGUUUCAUGUGCAGCUAAAUUCUAUGUGGGGAAUGAAAAAUGGAGGAUGGCCGUUACGGCAAUUUCCUGAAAAGAAUGAACUUUUAGGGAAAGUAAAACAAAUAGCUAUAAAAAGCCUUCACCAUGUAUCUAAGGCCCUUGAUUGUAAAAUAUCAAUUCUUUCAAACGAGUCUCACUGCAAUCUCUCCGAGAAAACAGAGCAAAUGAUCCUCGCACAGAAGAUGGGGAAUCUUAACUUUGAAGCUCUCUCUCUUCGCAAAGUUCUUGACGUGCACAUUUGUUCUGCUGCCAAAAACUUUCAGCAUGAGCAAGUGGGAAGUUUACUUGAAAUGAAUUAUAAUUCUAAAAUGCUGCUGGAGACUGGAAUCUCUUCAAUAACGAUGGUGUCCCUUUGGAAUGAGUGGAAGGGUAAAUUGUUAUCCUCGGUGAAAUCAUUCACAGAAUUAGAAAAGCGACCGGAAAAAGAAAAGGAUAAAGAUAAAGAUAAGGCCUACAUUGAAUUUGCUUCUGAAUAUUUUGGAGCCAGAGAGAACAGAAAUAGAUCCUGCACGGUGUUUAACAGUGAAUCCUUCUGGCUUAAGGAUAGGAGGGUUGGAUCGUUACAGAGACAAGGAAAUUGCACAUGGAUUAGUAUCCAGAACUUUUUUAUGCAUGCAAGAAAGUUUCUUUUAGUGGAACUGUUUUCUGUUGGCAUUAAAGUUGUCAAAAAACUAGAAGAGAUAUAUCUUGCCUGCAAUAAUCAACAUUGUAUUUGUAAAGGCACUCUAAUACUAGGUAUUUAUCAAGAUUUAAAGUCUUUGAAAGACGGGGAGUUGGUUAGAUUUGACCAGGAACAGCGAUUCUUUGAGAUUUUAUCCCCACUAAAGACACAAUAUGAAAACAUGAAGGAAUUCAUCUCUUGCGUGAAAGUCCAACAUGCAGUUUGAGUCUGAAAGAUAUUACAACCUGAACUCCAGUUGUAAAAGAGAUAUCAAUUAUUACUCCCUUUUUUGCCGAAGGAUCUGGUGAGAGUAAGGUAAAAAACUAGAAUAAUGAACUGCUCUGGUUGCAUAUGGAAAUGAUUACAGGGGUCUGUUUGCUGGAUAAAAGGCUCUGUAUGCUAGAAAGUUCUGUCAAAGCCUUACAUGGUACAUUUAAGAACUGCAAUAACCAUUUUGACUACAUUUUUACACAUGUUUUUCUCCUACUGGAGAAGCUGUUAUUUUUUUCAUCAUGUGAGCACCUAUCAAGGGUUUUGUUUUUGCCUAUAUGUUUCUUUGUUAUUUUUGACUGGAGAGCAAGGGAACCCUUGAUGUGCUUGGUUGCUUCAAUCACAGUAUCUACCUAAAUGCCACGGAAGACUUGAAAGCUUUUAUGGUCCAAUUUAUCAUAUAAUUUGUGAGCUUCUGAUAACUAAUAAACCUGCAACAGUUACAUGGAUAUAAACUUUCAAUAUGAAAGAACUUAUUUUCAAGAGAUGGCAACGCGAAAGAUUAUUAUGAUACAUCUCUUUCUUAGGAUAUCUAUUUCAGUUUUUAUGA